AUGGCAGUGAUCGUCUUAUCUCCGUCGCUUCAGUCGUUUCCUCCCGCGGCGGCGAUCCGGUCGUCGCAUCUCGACUCUUACCUCCGACCGACACCACCAGAUCGGAGCUUGUUAUCGUCCUUCAGAAAAUCCCCCGUGUUUCGCAAUGCCGACGAAUGCCUCUCCUCGGGCGCAGAUUCCGGCGUCUGCAACCCUUCGUUGGUCCACGUGGCGAUCACACUCGACGUCGAGUACCUCCGUGGCUCAAUCGCAGCCGUCAAUUCCAUCCUUCAGCACUCGAUGUGCCCGGAGAGCGUCUUCUUCCACUUCAUCGUCUCCGAGACAAACCUAGAGUCGCUGGUGAGAUCGACUUUCCCGGAAUUGAAAUUCAACGUUUACUAUUUUGCCCCUGAGACCGUUCGCGGUUUGAUUUCUUCCUCCGUGAGACAAGCUCUCGAGCAGCCCUUGAAUUACGCCAGAAAUUACCUCGCGGAUCUGCUCGAGCCCUGCGUUAACCGGGUCAUAUACCUGGAUUCGGAUCUCGUCGUCGUCGACGACAUCGCGAAGCUCUGGAAAACCGGUCUAGGCUCGAGGAUAAUCGGAGCUCCGGAGUACUGCCACGCGAAUUUCACCAAAUACUUCACCGGAGGAUUCUGGUCGGACGAGAGAUUCUCCGAUACGUUCCGAGGGAGGAGCCCCUGCUACUUCAACACCGGCGUGAUGGUGAUAGAUCUGAAGAAAUGGAGACGAGCUGGAUACACGAAACGCAUCGAGAAAUGGAUGGAGAUUCAGAGAACCGAGCGGAUUUACGAGCUCGGCUCGCUGCCGCCGUUUCUUCUUGUUUUCGCCGGUCACGUUGCGCCGAUUCCCCACCGGUGGAACCAACACGGGCUCGGCGGGGAUAAUGUUAGAGGUAGCUGCCGUGAUUUGCAUCCUGGUCCGGUGAGCUUGCUUCACUGGUCAGGGAGUGGCAAGCCAUGGUUACGACUCGAUUCGAAACGUCCUUGCCCAUUAGACGCUCUUUGGACGCCUUACGACUUGUAUCGUCACUCGCAUUGA